CUUUUUUCAGCCUUUAAGAGACGUAGCUUAAACUUUUAGCUACAUUUAAAAUAUGUGUUUCUUUGUUUACCAAGUUGUGCCAAGACGCUAUAAAAUGUUUUUUUUUCUACCUGUGGAUAUCUACAGUGAACCUUUUUGAACACAAGCAUGGCUCCUUUUUGACGAAGCUCAAAAAACUCCGCGGGGAAGUUCCCUAGGAAAUCCCCGAAGACGGUUCGGGGGAUAUUAUUCUCUGAUGAGCCCAAUUUCAGACAGUUGACGACGUUGGUCUUUUUCUGAAGACACGGGGCUCGAGGCAGAGGCGUCAAAUGCUGGAUUUUUAAGAGACUGGUGCGUCUGUCAAAGUCUACAAAACCCGCAAUGGAUAACGUCAGUAUAAACAACACGGAUAACGACGUGCUCAGAGACAAAAUGCGGAGUUACAGCGUGCUUAAUACUCUGUAUCAUGAGACGCGGCAGGAAAUAGACCUUCUGAACAGACAGAUCAGUGUAAAGGACGGUGUUAUUGCAGAUUUAAAAGCCAGGCUGGGGAGACACGAGAGGCUCUACAUGACGGUGGGAGAUAAGGAGUCUGUGCUCAUUAGUCCGUCCAACUCUUUGGUGGAGAGUUUACUCAAUGAAAUAUGCAAACUAAAACAGAAGAAGAACGAAGGGGACUUGAAGGCAGCCCGACAAGCUGAGGAGAUUCAGAGGCUGAACACUCAGCUCAGGGAGAAAGAGCUGGAGCUGGAGACCAUCAGAUGUCAGCCGGACCACGAGAAGGACCAGGAGAUCCAAAGGCUACGGGUAGCCUUGCAGGAGAGGGAGCGGGCCGAGGCCACCAGAAGUGUCCUCUGUACCUCCCUGGCCGAGGAGGCCGACCAGCUGCGCGGGCAGCUCGGUGCAACUGUUAAGGUGUGCCAGGAGCUGAUGGCGAGACUGGAGAAAGACAAAAGGGGAGGAGGAGAAGUGGAAGAUGUGGCCCUUACGCAAAAGAAUACAGAGAUGCCAGAGUCCUCUGAGAUGGGUAGUCUUAAUGCCCAAAUCCGUCAGCUUCAGGAGGAGAAUCAACAGCUAAAGCAGCGUGUGGCAUACGUACAAAGCCUGAAUACUCAGUGGCAGAAGUAUGACUCCAGCAGGGAGGACUAUAUAAGAGGUUUAUGUCAGAGGCUGAAGGACAGCACCGGGCAGGGCUUGAUGCCUGCGAUGGGCUCCACCAACACUGGAUUGCUUCAUCAGGAGAUUUCCAGGCUCAAUGGCUUACUGGAGGAGAAAAUGAGGGAGUGUGCAAGGCUUGCUAGAGAAAUAGAUGACAUCAGAAGACAAGACAAGGAGCAAAUUCAGACACUUGAGCAACAGGUUCUUAUCUACACCGAUGACUUUAAGUCAGAGCGUGCAGACAGGGAGCGAGCGCAGGGCCAGAUUGAUGCCCUGAAGGAGCAGGUUUCUCAGCUAAAACAGCAGCUGCACAAACAGCAGGGAGCUAGCAGAGAGAGCAGAGACGUGGUUCCCUUGUGUCACGUGCACAUAGGACACAGGAUCUCCUCAAAGCGAAGUAAGGACACGUCAGAGCCUCUGUUGAGGACCACUGCUGAGAGGCGGCAGCAGCAGCAGCAGCAGCACCAACAGCCUGCAGCUGCAGCAGCAACCCCAAACUCUGCCUGGAACGAACACCCAGGCAUGUCAGAGUUGCAGUGCCCCCAAUGCCUCGCCACGUUCAGCGACACAAAAGCUGCAGAGUACCUGAACCACUGCUUAGAGUGUGCCCGAGUGUAAAUGGAAGAACACUGAUUUGGAAAUAACAGUCAUUUCUUACUGACAGUAACUGAACACUGAAGACCAGCACUACACUGCAGAAAAUACCCCGAGUGGAGAUUCCAAUUCUGAGAAGCUUGACUACAAAUCAAACAACUGACUUACCUUUUUUUCUUUUU